AUGGGAAUUCAGUGUUCAAAAUGUAAAGCAAAGCCAUAAGAACAACAAUUAGAAAUUCAUAAUUUAUAAGAUUUGCCUCAAAAUUAGCCAACAUCUAAAGAAGCUCUUAUUUUUUGUGAUUCAAAUGAUUUGGCUAAUUUCAUGAGAACAAAACCAGUCAAUACUUUUCUUGGUGAUAUAAUUAAAAAGAAAUAAAUAAGGUUGGAUUCUUGUGAUAAAAUGGCAUCUAUAAUUGAAAGCAAAUCUGAAAUAAUAUUGAGAUGCUAUAAUGAUUACACAGAGAAAGCUCUAAAAAUUAAGCUGAAGGUCUUAAAAUACUAUUAUGAGAAUUAUUUAAUAUAUAUAUAGCAAACAAAUGAUACAAAUGGAACCAAAGAACUAUUGGCUAAUGAAACAAUGCAAGUAAGAUUUAUAUAUUUAAUCUUCAAGCUAUUACUUGAAACUAUAAUCAUUAUGAAUUGUUUGAUGGACAAAAACUUUGAUUAAGACUAAGAGUUAUGGUGGGGAGAUGGUUAUUAUGAAGUUAGAAUCUUGACACUUAAUGUUUAUAAAGAUACAUCUCAAUCAAAUGAUAAAAUAAUUUAACCCAUUUUACAAUAUGUGAAUGCUUUAAAAAUUAAAAUUGCUCAAACAAUACCUUUUCAUGAUUUGUAAAAAGUAAUGGAAUAGCCUUAAUCAAUUGCAAAUAGCACAGCAAUUGCAUAAGUUCAUCUUACUAAAUUUUAUUCUGAUCUAAAAUUACAAUUUGUAAGAGAUGUUGAGGAGGAAAAAGUUAAUGCUUGA